GCCGCGCCGGGCCUGCCGCCGCCGCCGCGGGAUCGCGGCCCCUCCCCCCAGCCCGCCGGCCCCACCGGCCCACGGGGAGCGGUAGCGCGUGGCGGCUGCUCGAAACUCUGUGUUGCUCAUCAUCCUCAACAGAAACUCUGUGUUGAUUCAACGGUAACUCUCUGCUGCCCUGUCCCCCCAGCCUCUGGUGGGACCGUGCGUGGAGCAGGCCCAGGAUGCCCUGGGGGUGUGGAUGACCAGCUGCCCGGGCCCGGAUGCCGCCACCCCACGAGGACCAUUUGCCGACGGCCGCCCGUGGGCCUGCGCCCUAGACUCCUGACCCAGCGACCCCGCCGCUCCUGUCCCCGCCUGGCCGCCCAGGGGCCGGGGGAGGCCGGAGUGAGCGUUCCCAGCCGCUGCGUGGGCGGCCACCUCUGGGCCCAAGGAAGGCGCUCGCGCCGGCGGGAAACAUUCUUCCCCAGCGGCUCGGCAAAAUGACCAGCCUGUUCCGCCGGAGCAGCAGCGGGAGCAGCGGGGGCGGCUCUGGCGGGGCGCGCGGGGCCGGGGGCAGCGCGGCGGCCGCCUCGCAGGAGCUCAACAACAGCCGGCCCGCCCGCCAGGUGCGCCGCCUCGAGUUCAACCAGGCCAUGGACGACUUCAAGACCAUGUUCCCCAACAUGGACCACGACAUCAUCGAGUGCGUGCUGCGCGCCAACAGCGGCGCGGUGGACGCCACCAUCGACCAGCUGCUGCAGAUGAACCUGGACGGGGGUGGCGGCAGCGUCUACGAGGAGAGCUCCGACUCGGAGGACAGCAUCCCCCCGGAGAUCUUGGAAAGGACUUUGGAACCUGACAGCUCAGAUGAAGAGCCCCCGCCUGUUUAUUCCCCGCCGGCCUACCACAUGCACGUGUUCGACAGGCCUUACCCUCUGGUUCCUCCCACUCCACCGCCCCGCACUGAUGUGCUGGGCUCUGGGCCCCCUUUGAGCCAGAGGCGCUAUCGGAACUGGAACCCACCACUGCUGGGUAACCUCCCCGACGACUUUCUCCGCAUCCUGCCCCAGCAGCUGGACAGCAUACAGGGAAGCCCCAGGGUGUCGAAGCCUGCAAGUGGAGAGGGAGGCCUGCUCCCUGCGGCCGGGCCUGGGGCCCGGGACCCGGAGAGCCGCUGGAAGCAGUACUUGGAGGAUGAGAGGAUCGCACUCUUCCUGCAGAACGAGGAGUUCAUGAAGGAGCUGCAACGCAACCGUGACUUCCUCCUUGCCCUGGAGAGAGAUCGAUUGAAAUAUGAGUCCCAGAAAUCCAAAUCCAGCAGCGUGGCUACGGGAAAUGACUUUGGCUUUCCGCCUCCUGCCCCAGGAACCAGUGACACUAACCCUGCUGUGUCGGAAGAUGCCUUAUUCAGGGACAAGUUGAAACACAUGGGAAAAUCCACCCGGAGGAAGCUGUUUGAACUGGCCAGGGCCUUCUCGGAGAAGACCAGGAUGGGGAAGUCAAAGAGGAAGCACCUGCUGAAGCAUCAAGCGCUGGGGGCUGCGGCAUCAACAGCCAAUCUCCUGGACGACGUGGAGGGCCACCCGUGUGAUGAAGACUUCCGGGGAAGGCGGCAGGAGGCACCGGAGGUGGAGGAAGCCCUGCGGGAAGGACAGUAAGCAGUAAGAUGCCUGCCGUUCCUCUUUGCUGAAGACCCGAUGGAGACAGCCAGACAGUAAAACCGGCGCCCAGCUGAAGGUCCCAGCUGCAGCCGGACAGAUGGUGCUUGAGUACCUGGGCCCAGUGAUUCUCCGGCCACAGUCCAGCCCAACCACUGCCACUGUCACUGCCAUUUUCAUGGGACUUAGAACUUGGGAGUUGCGUGCUAUGCUUGGAGGAAGGACCUGGGGUUCCUAGGGUGGCAGCCAAUCACAGCCCCUUUUGUAACCAGGAUGUUCUGUUCUGUGGGCAAUGAGUGGAAAUGCAGGACCUCCCCACAUCGCCCUCUCCUCCCCCAACUUUUAAAAAAAAAUCUCAGAAAACAGGCAAAGGCUGGAGUGCCCCAAAGGGCAGAAUGACCCUGCCAGAAGCUCUUUGACCUGAAGGUGGAGCCCCCCUCCCUCAUUCCCCUCUGUCCUGCUGGGCUGCAGACACUGCCUGAUCCCCCCCCACCAUCCCCGGCUCCCCUGGGCUUCCUGGGCCCUUUAUUCCCAUGCCUCCUGCAUCUCAGCCUUUCUCCAUGGCCGCCAACCCUCAGCACAACCACCGCACAGAAUCCCUGAUGGGAGAGCCCUGGGCAAUCACCUGGGCCCCCUCUGAGGAGUGAUGGGCCACCAAAGAGAGGUAUCUGCUGAGCCCUGCCUGGGCCGCUCAGGGUGGUUCUGCUGGGGGCUGACGUAAACCUCCCAGCAGGGGUCAGGAGAGCAGCCCCUCAGGAACUGGAGGACUCUGACGAGGAAGGGUUAGUUUUUACUUUGACAGAAGACAUAAGCUAGUUCUGGAUGGGACCCUGCAGUCACACAACAGUAGGGGCUUAUGGUUGGGUGGAGGUGGGGGGAUAACUCUGCCUAGAAGUCCUGAUGUCCUAAGGGUGGGGAGUGGUGGGUUCUGAAAUGACCUUUGAGAAGGCACAGGGCUGUGAACUGCCGGACCGCGUGGGAGCGCUGGGGUUAGGGAGGCUUGCUGGGUGCCCCUUGCCUAGAGCGACAGGUGAAUGACCCGAGGAGGGAAACCACGGUUCUAAGACCCUUACCGGCACCAACCACUACCAACGGGAGGGGGGCUGCCCCACUUUCUCUGGCCUCACUGUGGAAAUGGCAACGCAAGGACCUCUCCGGAGAACCAGGAAGCCUAGGCAGGCACGAGGCUUCGGGGCCGGAGUGUGGAACCAGCCCAGCCCAGCCUAGCCCACCGUGCGGGAUUGGGAGGUUGGGAGUGGGAGGCCUGGUGGCCUCAAGUCACCCCGAGAUGAUGAGGGCGUGGCGGGCGCCCAGGGCCAGCGGCAGAGGUGGGAGCCACGAUUGCACCUCGCUCCUCCCGCCCCUGUGCGGUGCCAGAUGAGGGCCCCUGGGCACAUUCGGGCAGCCGAGCUUCCCUUGCUCUGGGAGGCCGCCGCGGGAGGGGCCUGGGCGCGUCGCCGAGGCCGCGGAGCGUGACCAAGUUUGGAAGCACCCCGGGCCAGGGGCGCUAGCGCGGGGCCCGCCUUGCCCAGCGGGACCCGCCGCUCUCCCCAGCCAGGCCCGUGGCCCCCACGAGCCCCCCAUCCCCCAGGCCGCCAGCCCGAGCUGCUGACGGCUCCGACCCUGAGGGGCAGAGGAGGGGGCUCCGGACUGUGGCUCUGAUCCCUCCUCGCGCCAGCACCCGGCGCAUGGCGGGGAAGCCCCGGGCCCCACGUCUGUGUGUGUUGCUUGUUAGUCGUUUUUUCUUCUAUGUGGGUUUUUUCUUGGAGUUGUUUAAUAGGAACAACUGUAAUAAAGACUUGGUGUUCUCUUGGU